GCUUUGAUUGGAUCUGUAUUUCCCCCAGAUAAGAGACUCUUCUUAUCAGUCCUACCAGCAAGUAGCAGCUCUGCUGAGAAGAGAACAGUCUAAUGCUUCUGGUUCUGAUGUACAGAGACCUGUGGCAGCAGAUCAACCACAGUCCUAUGACCCAGUCACUCAGAGGCUUACUCAAGUGAGGAAUUUGGAUGGCCAGCAAGGAGGCAGUGUUCCCAGACAGAUGUUCCAGCAGAGAGUUGGUGGCCAAGCUGUCCGCUCCCCACACCCUGCUCCUCCCCGUGUGGGCAUUCGGCUCCCCAACCCCCCACCACCACCACCCACCUCCCAGGGUAGUAGCCCUGUCAUCCGCCUCCAAAGCCCUGGGAGCCAGGGCAUGAACCAGGGCCUUCUCAGGAGAGACAGGAACCCCAGCCCUCAGCAGGCAGCUCACCAGGAGGCUGGAGGGAGAUGCGGGGGAGGGGGUGGUGGAGGUGGGGGUCUCCAGGAGCAGGUCCAGACCCUGGGCUCUGAGAUCCACAGCCUGAGCCUGGCGGUGCGCAUGCUGGUGGAGCAGCAGUACCGGCUGGAGAGGGAGCAGGUCCAGCAGACCCAGGUCCAGAAGCAGAUUCUCAGCACCCUGCAGACCCUGGCCUCAAGACUGGAGGCACCCUGUACCAGCCUCCACCAGCAGCGACAGCAUCCCAAAACUCCCCCACCCCCGGUCUUACCUGCCUUAGGCUCUGCCUCCUACAGCCAGGACACAUUCCCCUUCAGCCAAGGAGGGUAUGCUCAGUGCAGCCAGGCCCAGCCCAGCUACAACGGGAUGGACAACUCCAGCCUGGAGACCAUAGAGACCUUCAAACUGUCCGGACAGAGCCCCCAUGGCAUCAACGGCUUCCAGACGGGCAGCAGCAGUAGUACCACCGAUAGCCUCUUGCUCACACACACCCCUACAUACACGCUGGCGCACACACAGCCUUACUCGUCAGCCUACACACAGCAGCCACACACUCAAACACACAUGCCCUCAUGCACACAGUCUUACGCCACCACAUACACGCAGUCACACACACAGUCCUAUAGAGGAACAGAAAGUACAGACUGUCCCAGCACCAGAACAGAGGGAGCUCUCCAGGACUGCAUGGCCCCCACCCAGGCCUCUGUUGACCUGGACUCAGACAUCACAGUCUCCCCACAGGAAACUCAGCUCAACAUCAUUAAAGUGGAGGCACUCUAACAUGCUGACCAGACUGUGCGUGUGCCAUGGUGUCCACCCACACCAGACGCAAUCAGGGCACGCAGGUUGAAAUAUCAAAACGAACUCUGAACCAACUAUAUUAAUUUGGGGAUGGGUCGAAAAGCAUUAAACAUUUAUGUCAAUUUAGUUAGCUAGCUUGCUAUUGCUAGCUAAUUUGUCCUGGGAUAUAAACGCAAGCGGUGUGGUCAGCAUGUAAGGCUUUAGUUCACUCGUAUCCAGACUUAUAGGGACAGUUUUCUAGACACAGAUUAAGCCUAGUCCGAGACUUAAAAGCAUGUUCGAUGUAUAAUGGAAAUUCUGGAAAAGGUGCUUUAGUCCAGAACUAUGCUUAAAUUGGUGUCUGGGAAACCAACCACAUAUAGGGUUCAGUUCCAUAGUUUCAAUCCAAAGUUGCUUCUGCUCUGUUCACAUCUGUACAUUUAAUUAUCCACUACCUCUCCUUUAGCCAAAUGUUUCAGUACAUGUUAUGUCUUGGGUUUUUAAGGGAUUUCUUAUGUUUUUGAAGUAUGUGUCAUUAUUUUUAGAACCGUGAAUAUCCCCAUAGAAAUGAAUAGCACUUCAUUGUCCAUUCUGAAAGGAACAUUUGUCCUCGAGACGAUCUACCAUUUUUACAUGAAACACUUAUUAUCAAAUCACAAAGAGCAAUACAGAAGAAGCAUGUCUUAUCGUUUUAAUAAUGCAUUUGGAUUAUGUUGCCAUCAAUCUUUACAGAGCAUAAAACUCUUCACCAAU